AUGCUUCUGCUAUCAGAAGGACUGCACUCCUCUUUGGAUAACAGCAUUUUGAAAUUAUUGAGUAAUAAAAAUAUUUCCACUGUCCUGGACUUUCUCCACAGUGAUAGUAAAGUCAUUGAAAAAGCCACACCAUUAAUAUUCAGGGAAAUCUUGAAUAUCAAAAAAGAACUUUUGAAGAUAUAUUCCAUCAAACCAGAGAAUGCUUACCACUAUUAUCAGUUCAUAUUAUUGAAUUGUGCCAUUAUUCAGACUGGUAUAGAAAGUUUGGACAAUCUUCUAGAAGGAGGAUUAUUUACAGGAAAUAUUUAUGAAAUAUGUGGUUUACCUGCCACAGGCAAGACAUUAUUUUGUUUGACAUUGUUGAAAAAUGUUGCAACUAGCCUAGAAAGUGUGUACUAUUUAGAUACCAAAUAUGAUUUUCAGGCACUGAAGUUGAAACAAAUGUACAGUCAUUUGAGUAAGGUCAAAUUAGUAGAAUCCAUGAAUCAUAUCAUGGUAAAAAGAACUAAUACAAAACAAGACUUACUGAACAGCUUACUAGAAAUCAAGAAAAUAAUUAGCAGUGGUAGAAACAUCAAACUUCUCAUAAUUGAUUCUCUACCUGCCUUAUGCUUUCAGUCAAAUGAUCAUAAUGAACAAAAUAGUUUUCUCAAUGAAAUGGUGAACAAUUUACAUUAUUUGGCUGUCAAGUGUAAUAUUGUGAUCAUUGUUACAAACUUGAUCACUUUAUGGAAUGAAGGAGAUUUCACAAACAAAGAUGUCAUGAAAGAAAGAGUGGCAUGUGGUAGUUAUUGGUACAAUAUUCCCAACUCCAGAUUGAAAUUUCAUAAGGAAGGCAAUAAAAGCACCAUAACUUUGAUGAAAUCUAUAAAAAUUAUGCCUAAAGUACCACACUGUGAAGCUAAGAUCACAGAUGAAGGUUUCAUUUAACAAAUAAGCAUUCAAUAUUUUAUAAUUUUGUAUUACUAAAAAAAUUGAAUCAUAAUUAUUGUGCAAAACAGCUGAAGAUUUCAAUAACAUAUUCAAUAUAUUUUUAGGAAUAAUUUGAAUAGCAUGGACAACACUGCAAAACCAAGUAACUGCAAUAACUAGAUUUUUCAGAAGACACUGAAAACUAAUAUAAAUAAUUUUGGGUUAACUGAUCAGAUUUAAUACUAAAUAGUCACAAACCACUUGAUUAUUAUUAUCCUUACAUUUGUACAUUGGUUAUUACAAAUUGUUCAUUGUUUGUGUUGUAGGAGUUGAUACAUGGAAAAUAACAAUCAUUCAGAAAGAGUAACUUACAAAAACAAUUCCUCAUUAUCCCUUGUUAAAACAUCAAUUGCAGUUAAGAAUAAACUGUUUUACAUAUUUGUUCUUUAAAAACAUAAUUGAACACACCAUGAAACACAUGGCUAACUAUUAUAGAUACUUGUUUUUGAUGAUCCAUUUAAUUUGCUUUUCAGAUGAGUUGUUUUAAAAUAUUUAGAAUUUUUUGCCAGGUUUUAUAUACUAGCCCCACCAAUACAAUCAAAUGAUUGCUUGCAGCCAGAAUCUCAUUUCUGAGAUUUUGUCAGUUUACUUGGUUUUGUGGUGUCAUUGACAAUAAUUAAUUUACUGGGAACUCAUAAAAACUUUUAAUAGCUUCAGUAAUAAUUAGAAAAUAAAAAUUAGUGAGCACU